ACAAGCCAUGCCGGCAAGCGCGUUACCCAAGUCGGCACAAGAUGAGUUGGUCAGAGAACAUCCGGAGAUGGCCAUGAAGGCUGGGCUGAUCCAGCAGACGAAGGAGAACAAGGAAUACAAGCGACGGAAGCAACACUAUCACAAUGGUCAGCUCGUCUAUGAGUGGGAGCAAUCGUUGGAUGAGGUCAACAUAUACAUCACUCCUCCUCCUGGCGUCACGGCCGACAUGUUCGACAUAGAGAUAAAGUCGAGCCACAUCACAGUUGGCAUCAAGGGCAACACUGAGAAGUACCUCAACCAUGAUCUCGGCGGGAAGUGUAAGCAUACAGAGAGUUACUGGACGCUGGAGGACGUUCUUGGAGGAGGAAAGGAGAUCCACAUCACAUUAACGAAGAUGGCGAAAGCUGUGCCAUGGGAAAGCGCACUGCAAGGCCAUCAGCCGCUAGAUCCUGUAACUGCCACUGAGGUGCGGAAAGACAUCAUGAGAGAGAGAUUCCAGGAAGAGCAUCCGGGCUUCGACUUCUCGGGAGCAGAUUUCAACGGUCAAGUGCCAGACCCGAGCACUUUUAUGGGAGGCGUUGGCUAUCGUUGA